AUGGCAGAGCCCGCAUGGCAAGAGCUCCUCCGCGCCCGUCUCACAGAGCGGAAUGCUCAGGAAUCCGCCUACUCUUCGGUCAUAGACCAGUAUCGACGGCUAGCCCAGCAGACAAAGCUCCUGAAAGAGCGGAAUGCUUCGCUGCUACGCGCAGUAUCUAGCGUCAAGCAGAACCCAAGUAGUUCUACUGUAUACGUUCCCGGCACAUCCGAAGAAAACCCCGUUCGCGCAGCAUACAUCGCCUCCCUAGAAUCCCAGAUAUCAUCAUUACGGGAUGAACUCGCGACUGUGUACAAGACACAGGGGCAGAAUGCCCAGCGGUUGCUUGCGAUGAACGAGACCUUGCGCGAAAAGGAGGAGGUUUCGCGCAUAGACGCCGACCAGUUGCGGAAGGCACGGGAAGACGUUGCGAACCUCAAACGCAAAGUCGAGCAACAUACAGAGCUUAUGGAGGAGAAAGAUCGCGCGGCACAGCUUCUGCACGAUGAGAUCUCAACCUUACAACUGGAGCUUGACCAGAUUGAGAAGCGCAAUCAAGACUUGGCGAAGGACAAUGCGACGCUACUGCAACGAUGGCUGGACGCCAAGCAGGCUGAAGCAAACAAGAUCAACGAGGCAAAUGACUUCUAUGAAGACAUGCGCACGCGACAUCAGUCUAUCAAACAGUGGGCAACCGACGCGUCUGGUGGCGACGAUUCACGAAGCACGUCGCAGAUGUCGGGAAACGAGAGCGCGGCGGGGGACGAGGCGGGACCGGGGACGAGGAAUGGGACCACAUCGAGCGGCCAGAAGGGCUGA